UGUGCCCGAACGCCAGGCACUGGGAGACACACUCAAACACAUUCACGCAUUCACACACUGACACAGCCGUGCACACAAGCGCAUGCUUCUGCCCACUGCCGCACAGACUCGCGCUGGCAUCUCCGAGGGCAGCCCCAGUCUUCAGUCCAGUCCUGGGUGUCCGAGUCAGAGCAGAUCCCCUCAGCCUCCGGGACCGAGCCCGCCCCGCUCUCUGGAGCAUCCGCUGAGCCGAGCGCAUCCUCAGGGCCGCAGGCGUCGACCGCCGAGCAACGGGAGCCCAGCUGUGGAUCAUCUUCAGGGGGAGCAGUGAAGCCGAGCACUUCCUUUCAGAUAUCAGUUUUUGUCCAACCUGAGCCGACCUCCUCAACAUUUGCGCCGUGGUCCAGAGGCCGAGGAUCGAGAGGAUCUUCUACCACAGACUGUCUCUCUUCUCCGUUGGACUUUGAUCGUCGUCCUGUACUGAUAAAACACCGAGACAAAUCACUGUGAUUCGGCCGCAGCGUUCACCAUGGCAACCACGGGCAUGCAGCUGCUGGGUUUGAUCCUCUCCAUAGUGGGCUGGGUGGGCGGGGCCGUCGUCUGCGCCAUCCCCCUGUGGCGAGUCACGGCCUUCAUCGGCAACAACAUCGUGACGGCCCAGAUCAUCUGGGAAGGCCUGUGGAUGAAUUGCAUCGUGCAGAGCACGGGCCAGAUCCAGUGUAAGGUGUACGACAGCUUGCUGGCUCUGCCCAGCGACAUGCAGGCGGCCCGCGGCCUCACCGUCUUCUCCAUCCUGCUGUGCGGCCUGGCCCUGGCGCUCGGGGUCGUGGGGGUCAAGUGCACCAAGUGCAUCGGCAUCAACAGCCUCAAGGCCCGCAUCGCCCGCAUCUCCGGCGCCCUGUUCGCCAUCGCGGGCUUCCUGUACCUGGUGCCCGUCUGCUGGACUGCCCACUCCAUCAUCAGAGAUUUCUACGACCAGCACGUGGCCGCCCCGCACAAGCGCGAGCUGGGCCCCGCUCUCUACAUCGGCUGGGGGGCGUCCGCCCUGCUCCUCAUUGGGGGGUCCCUGCUCUACGCCGGGUCGAGCCCCCCGGGUAUCCCGGGCUCCCCCACCUUCAGCAGCGGGGAGAGCAGUCCCCGCAGGGCGCCGGCCUCACAGGUCAAAGGUUACGUCUGAGCUCUGAAACGCCCGAUCGGCUCCACAUUUCACAGAUUCGUCCCACGAUACAGCGACCCUGUGUAUUCUCCUCCUGAAUUUUCAUAUUGUAAUUAUUUUGUAUUUAAUGACGCUCCGGUUGUUCUCUCUGAAAAGCCACAGGAGGCCGCUGAGGGAAUCUGAUAAUAACCCUUUUUUUUUUUUCUCUCUUUCCGCCUGUAAAAUUCAAUAAAAGUUGUGUCCUCCACUGAG